GGCGGAUAGAGCUCUCUAGCAGGUCUGGUAGGCCAGACCGGACCAAACCACCGGACGGACCUCUGUGGGAGCAUUAGUCCCAAGUCGAGGAUGUUGAUACCAGUGAACCAGGAUCAAUUCUCCCUAAAUGUUGGAACAGUGUUCUGAAGCUCUCUGCACAAUGGACCAGAGUGUUUCAUUGAAAUGCCUAUGCAAAAUGCUGACCUGCAUAUUCCCAUUUCCAGUGACUUGCCUUGGAAUAUGAACAGGAAAACCCAGGUUGGCUGGCUCCUCUGACUGAUGGCAUGUUGAGGCACAUGGGCCAGUGGCAACGAGGGCAUCCAAUCCAGAGAGGGCCGCUCUAGAGGCCCGGCCACCAGCAUCAUGGGCCAGUGUGUCACCAAGUGCAAGAAUCCCUCAUCAACUCUGGGUAGCAAGAAUGGAGACCGUGACCCCAGCAGCAAGUCACAUGGUAGGCGGAGUGCAAGCCACCGUGAGGAACAGCUGCCCGCCUGUGGCAAGCCAGGUGGAGAUAUCCUUGUUAAUGGGACCAAGAAGGCAGAGGCUGCUCCUGAGGCCUGCCAGCUGCCAACAUCCUCCGGAGAUGCUGGGAGGGAGCCCAAGUCAAAUGCCGAGGAGUCGUCUUUGCAGAGGUUGGAAGAACUGUUCAGGCGCUAUAAGGAUGAACGGGAGGAUGCAAUUUUGGAGGAAGGCAUGGAGCGCUUUUGCAAUGAUCUAUGUGUGGACCCCACGGAAUUUCGAGUGCUGCUUUUGGCUUGGAAGUUCCAGGCUGCUACCAUGUGCAAAUUCACCAGGAAGGAAUUUUUUGACGGCUGCAAAGCAAUAAGUGCAGACAGCAUUGAUGGGAUCUGUGCACGGUUCCCUAGCCUCUUAACAGAA